GUUGACAAUUCCCGCAGUCGUCUCCGUUUGCCGUCCGGAGUGAACGUGGCCACCAGUUGGUGCCAACCGUGUUUUGAGUAAACGCGUUUUGCGUGGAUUAACUUGGUGUUGUGUUUGUGUUAAUUUAUUAGUCAGCUGUUAGAAAAUAAUAGACUCUCCAUGAGCCAUGUGAUCAUCACUAUCGGAUCAUCAGUGAUUUAAGAUAAUCGUAUUGAUACAAUAUCAAGAUAAAUUUUGUGCCUCGAAUUUAGUUGUGUGGCUGACGGAUACCGUCAGUUCUAAAAUAGAUCAGUGGCAAUCUAAGCUGGUACUGAAAUAUUUAGCGCUUAUUAAAGCCUUUGUGAACUUGGUGAAAAGUGAGGACUAUUAGAACUUUUAAAAUGGCAACUACGGGCAGCGAAAUGUGGCUUCAGUGGUUCGCGUGCUGCUACCAGCCGGCCGCGCAGGCGCAACGUACGAGGCGGAGGAUAGACAGAUCUAUGAUUAGUGCACCAACCAAUUUCCAGCAUACCGGGCACAUAGGCUCAACAGAUGUAGACAUGCCGUCAUCAUUGCUUCACUCAAUUCAGAACCAGAUGCAGAGUAAAGGUGGAUACGAAAUGGCCUAUGGUGUUAAGGUUUACUGAUCCCAAAACGGUGCUGACGUCACAGAAGACAAAGCGAAGUGAAACGUGGCUAAUUAUGAUCUUUAUUUAUUAAAUAGUUUACAAUAAGUUUAGUUUGUAUUCUCCUGUAUAUAUACAGUCGAACCGAAGUCGGUAGACAAAUGAGUUACCUUGAAAAUAAAACUUGUAAGUCAAAAAUUUAGCUAAGUGCUCGGUUUUAAGUAAAAAUGUCCUUGUAAAUCCAUCGGAAAAAAGUGCUAACAUAAUUAUAUGAGACUGGUGGCAGGACCUGGAGUAUACUGAAGACUCAUCGAAAAUAACAGGUCUUAUACAUUUGUUAGACAAAUUUUGAGGAAAAUAUGUCUGGCCAUUGAUGGAUAAAAUAACUUCAGCCUCAUAAAUUAUAAUAUUUAAGAAUAUUGAAUGAAUUGGAUAUGUGCCUUUGUAAUCCUUCCCAAUAUAAAUUGAUUCAUCUUGAAGAUGCUUCUUCGAAUUUAAUAUUUAAUCGUAUUCGUGAUUAAAAAUGUAUGUAUCUAGUCCCUUUAAAAAUCAAAUAUUUGACAUAAACAAAAAUUAUGGGUGCUCAAUCCGAUGGCGUGAAAGAACCUUUCUUGCACUGUUAGCAAGAAAAGCAGAAAAAUCGUGAAUUGUAAAACUCACAUUAUGGCUGAGUUGAUCAAAUGCCAUUGACGAAAGUAAGGUUGAAACUCCCUGCUGCAAGAGAUUAGUUAGACUAGAGUGGUCAUUCAACACCAGGAGUCGUAGAUUGUCUAGUUGAUCCUGGACCAACUAGACAAUCUUGCUCCGUCAGGCCAGAACUAAAUAGGAUUUUUCCCGAAUCGGAUCCUAUUAUAAUUCUAACGACAAAUCUCAAAUAACAGAUUUAUGAAUUAGUUAUAAUUUUCUACGUUGAUUUGAGGCGGUUUUCUUUAGCACUAGUAUGAGAUAUCCCAUCUAGGCAUCACACAACACACUAAAAUAGGAAAGCCUAAUUUAAAAAGAUAAUUUUGCACAUUUUCUUUACACUAUCCAUGUCAAGUAUAUUUAAAUGUUCCCGAAUCGAAAUUUGGAUUUUAUGCCUUUUUAAUAAGUUCUAGAAAUGUAUCUUAAGUACCAAAUUGUGUGCGUCUUUUUGUUAUUAAUGUUCAUGUGUUAUAUUUAAGCCUGUUGUAAAUAUAAUUUCAAUCUUAAGUCUUCAUGCCCGACUAGCUUUGGGCAUACUGAAUGACUAAUAAACCUUUAUAUACAAAUUGAAAUUUCAAACUCAACGCUAGAGUACGCUAUCUAGAAGUUCAUCAGGUACAGCUUAUAUGCCUUAUAACAUUUUGAUUGUAAUUGCAUUAUGAAACAAAUAUAUCAUUACAAAUACUGACGGAAGAAGCGUUGAAUAUGAGAUUUUAGUUAUCCUUAGUCUGUACACAUUCAAAAAAUUGUACUAUUUUGUCAUUUUCUUGAUAAAACGACAAAUUUAUACGGUUAUUGUAUUAAAAUGUCA